UGGCGGCCUCCAGUUAGAAAUGCGCGCCUUGACUUCGAAGAAAAGAACUCGGACCCGCGUGUUCACAUCGUCUUUUAUUUUCGUUUGUAUCGGCGGCCGGUACUCGAGAUGUCUCGAAAUAGCGUCGAUGAGGAGAAGCGGUUCCGGAUUCUCCUCGGCGAGGUCGGGUGUCAAGGUCGACAGUAACCAAUAUCAGUAGACACGCAAGACUACAAGUAUACGUACGUGAUAAGCGAGGCAUCUUAUACAGCCUUCAUAAAAAUACGGAUUGAUAAAACGUGACGCAACGAAACUCGCGUGCUUCUGUCCGUUAAUCGGUUCUUCACGUCGCGUUUGUUCCCGGCAUCGAUCAGAAAGAGAGAAGGCGAGAGUGAGGAGAUCCGAGCGAGCGGAGAAUUCAGGAGUUCACGCGAGUCGGAGUGCAAACUCCGAGAGCCACGAACAUGUGACUUUGCUUCGCGCGAGAUAACGCGCGUCUUAUCAGCGAUCCCGCUGAUCGACCUAGGCUAGACGAUUCGCGCUGACCGUCGCGUUAACAAUUGAUUUUAGAAAAACACCAAGUGUCGACGUGACGCAAAGUAGAAAGAGAAGCAGCUGGCGAGAGAAAAUACAUUCGAGAAGGAGGAAAUAAUUAAGAGGCACGUACGCGCCUAGGUGGAGAGGUGGGUGACACGUACACACACGUACACAUAUUUAAGGCUGCCAUGCUUGCGCCCCACCGUGUCAUCCAGCCGAACGUACAUUUUAUAAGGACUGUACGCUCGUUACAGUCGACCAGUUGUUACCACGGUGUCGCGUCACCGUCGUCGUUUUCGUGCUCGUCUGUCGUCGUGCGGGAAUCCGAUUGUCAUCGUCGCCACCUGCUGCUGCGAAGAAACCCAACGUCGUUCGGACAGCUCGCGAAGAUUCUCGGCGCCUCGUACGCGACAAUGGCAAAAAUAAAGGCAGGCCCGGUUGUCGACAUUCUCGGCGAUGAAAUGACGCGCAUCAUAUGGGAUUCGAUCAAAGAGAAACUCAUCUUGCCCUACUUAGAUAUCGAGUUGCAUACGUACGACUUGGGCAUCGAGAACCGCGAUGCCACGAACGACAAUGUGACGGUGGAAUGCGCUGAGGCAAUCAAACGUUACAACGUCGGCAUCAAAUGCGCGACCAUCACGCCCGACGAGAAGCGCGUGGAGGAGUUCAAGCUGAAGCAGAUGUGGAAGAGCCCGAACGGCACCAUCAGGAACAUCCUGGGCGGCACGGUGUUCCGCGAGGCAAUCAUCUGCAAGAACAUACCACGCCUGGUGGUCUGCUGGAAAGAGCCGAUCAUCAUCGGCAGACACGCCCACGCCGAUCAGUACAAGGCCACGGACUUUGUGGUGCCGGGCCCGGGUAAACUGGAGAUCACAUGGACCGGCAACUCCGGUGAGAAGAUCCAGCACACCGUUCACGAGUUCAAAGGGCCCGGUAUCGCCCAGGCCCAGUACAACACGGACGAGAGUAUACGUGCGUUCGCCCACAGCUCAUUCCAGUACGCGUUGUCGCGCAACUACCCGCUGUACCUCUCCACCAAGAACACCAUCCUCAAGAAGUACGACGGCCGCUUCAAGGACAUAUUCCAGGAGAUCUACGACAAGGAGUACAAAGAGCAGUUCGAGGCGAAGAAGAUAUGGUAUGAGCACCGGUUGAUCGAUGACAUGGUGGCCUAUGCCAUGAAGUCCGAUGGUGGUUUCGUGUGGUCGUGCAAGAACUACGACGGUGACGUACAGUCGGACUCGGUGGCGCAGGGCUAUGGCUCUCUGGGCAUGAUGACUUCGGUCCUCAUAUGUCCUGACGGACGCACAAUCGAGGCCGAGGCUGCCCACGGUACCGUCACCCGUCACUACCGUCAGUACCAGCAGGGCAAGGAGACGUCUACUAAUCCGAUCGCCUCUAUUUUUGCCUGGACCCGUGGGCUGCUGCAUCGCGCCAAGCUCGAUAACAACCCGCGCCUUCGGCAUUUCGCCGAAACACUGGAGAAGGUCUGCAUCGACACCAUCGAGGCCGGUCAUCUCACCAAGGAUCUCGCCAUAUGUAUCAAGGGCAUGAGCAACGUUACCAGGACUGAUUAUCUUGAAACGUUCGAAUUUAUGGACAAGCUUGCAGAGAAUCUGAAGAAACAGCUCAAUGCGUGACUAGAUAAUGACAAUGAAGAAUAUAGCCUGCAAGCCAAGUAUUAAGUCAUUGCAUUGUAAUGAAAGAAAAAGAAAUAUUUACGUGGUUACGGGAAAAAGAAACAGGCCUCAAUGAGCGUUCAGCGUUGCGGUUAGAUAACUUAAAAUUAUCUGGAUAAAGAUAAAUUAUAUGUAAAUAUAUUUUAGAUAAGCUAAAGAUAUUUUAAUUUUAAUUUUAAAUUUAGGUAAAAGAUAAAAUUAUAUAUCUGUGGAUAAUUUUAACAUCACUGUUGAGCAAAACUGAAAAAAAUAGGAUAUGAAAAUAAUAUUUACAUAUUUUUGUUGCUUUAUUUCUCGAAGAAAUAAAAUAAAAAUAUUUAUUUCUUAAAGAUAAGAGUUUUUUUAAAUAGUUCUUUAAAUAUUUAGAUUGAAUUCUAACAGAAAAUGAAAUUUUUCUAACAGAAAAUGUUCCUCUUUUGACUUGGAUCAAUACUCAAAUAAAAAGUUCCUUGUAAUAGUUUCCGAAUCACUAAUGGUUUUGGGACAAUUUUUAUAUUGCGCUACUUUUUUCUGAUUUGUGCAAUUUAUUGUUAUCACAUAGAAAAAAUUCUCUCCACUUAAAGUAAUGAGAAUUUGGCUAAAAGAGUGCAAUAUUGAUUUUACAUUGAUUAAAAUAAAUUCAACAAAAAUAACAUUUCUUUUAUCUAAGAUAAAAAAAGUCAUUUCUUUAUCUAGAUAAUUUUAUAUAGAUAACAGCAACCUCUGAGUAUAUAUUAUAUAUAAUUACUAAUGCAUAUAAGAUUGUUGGACAGUUACGUUAAAUCUUCAGUUUCAUGCUACGUAUCGCGCUCAAUUUUAUCUUGAAAGCAUUGAUCACACCACUUGUUUCGCAAAACGUCAUUAACUGAUUGCCUCAUACUUUUCUCGUGGCUAUGCAAUAGAUAUAAAAGACAAGAUAAUAUUGACUAGAGCUCGGCAAAAUAAUUGAUGGUGUAAAUUAUCGUCAGUCGUAGCAUUCUAAUUUUCUAAAAUUUAUACGAAUAGACGAACUUAACGGAACAGACAGGUUUAGCAUUGAUUAAGGAAAAUGAAUUAUUUACAUAAACAAUUGUAUAGAUUUUUAAAUAAAUUUUUUUAAACG